AUGGGUGAGAAGUGUUUGAAGCUUAUUAACUUUGGUGGUUCACUGGAGGGAAAAAAUCAAUCAGAUCAAGACAAGUUGAAAAGGGAUGAUUUUAAUGACAUCAAAAUCAUGUUGGGAUAUUUGUUCGAGUCGUUGCUAGCACCCAAAACUCCCUCGUUGAAGAAAAAAGCAACGGCUUUUGACCUUAGCAAAGAAUGGAUCGAAGCUAAAUAG